GAGAGAGGAGAGGAGAGGGAGACAGGACAGAGAGAAGGGCUGACCGAGGAGCACGGAGCACCUUCACGGACUUCACUGGACACUGUGAUCCGGACCCGAGAGGGGGACGGUAACAUGACAUGGAAUGAUCGGUGCUGGGACUUAGUGACCGUGGAGAGAGGAGGGAAAUGAGGAUUAAUAUCGAAGUAGAUCGGCGAGAUAUACGGAACAGGAGAGGGCGAGGGAGAUCAGCUGAGCGCACAGGUUUUCCCUUGUGAUCCCUGACAGAGCAAGGACAGCGACACUGACUCAGCCUUUGUCUCCUCAAUGCUUCCGGACAGAGUGAGGCGCCCUGGUUGCUGCUGCUGUCCAUUGUGACUGCGGAGAAGAAAGAAAGAUCCAGCUUGUCUGCAUAAAGACCUAUUCAGCAUCAUUUCUUUCUGCCAGCAACACCGUGCACCCGGUGAAGUCUCAGCACUAUCUUUAGCCUAGAGCCUCUUACUUUAUCCCAGGCCCCCUCUCCUCUUACACCCGUAUCCCCAUCCCACUCUUAGCCCUUUUCCCUCUUCCCAGCGUCAGCCUCAGCCCUCUGCCCCACUCGGAGUCCCAGAUGACAGCUCAGAAACAUCCGUUCCCCUCCCACUCUACACGAGUCUUCUUUCCUCUCCCUCCAGCCCCCGUGGCGCUUGGCACCGAUGCCCAUCACAUAGACAGAUGGAGCCAACCCUGACCCCUCUCCUCGCCCGCAGGGACGCCAAGAGAAUCAACGCCUGACUAGAGGAGGGGGGGGUGAGCGGGAGCGUGUGUUGGGACAGGGAGGAGAGUAUUGCUUUGUCACCACAGCAACACGUCGCCCUGACUCCUGUGGACUCUCCUUUAGGCCAACCCAAGGCCCUCGGCUGAAAAUGCAACGCAGCAGGAAAUUCAGCAAAAGGACCUCAUUUUUCCUCCCCUAAAUUUGACAUACUCUGACUAUUUGGCAGAGAUAUUUCGUUGUAUGUGUUCUGAAGAGACAGGAACAUUGUCAAAGCCUAUAUAUAGAGAACAGCAUUCAAGUAGGGAAACCACGAGAAGACAAUCCCCUAAUCUGACAAAGGAGAGUCUGCCAUUCAGAAAAACUUACAUUUUGACCUUCAAACUCCCCUUUGCCUCUAGCCUCUGAGGUAAAAGUUGCAAAAGCCUGGGAAAAAUACUGCUUGUUUUACUUGCAGAAGCCCUUUUUUUACUGGGCUUUCCAAGCCUUGACAGCAGAAAGAUAAUUCAUACGGGACUGCAGUCUGAUCUUCCCUGGAUGUGCAUGUUUGCCUUUUCCAAAGCUGCAGGCCCUCUCUUCUACCUUGUCCAAUAUCCAUUUUGUUUUCAUGCCAUUUGCAGCCUCAUUCUCCUGACUAUUUCCACCUGCAUUUUUUACAAGAAACAAGAUUUUGGCUGCUGCACCGCAUCUGGAUGUUGUUGACGUCUUCGAACCCUCUGAGCUGACCUGCAUUUUGAUUAGCCUUUAAUGCCAGACAACCAAUUUUAAAGGAACCAGGAAAUCAACAAUAAAAUGAGACACUAAUGGCCCUGUAAAAUGAAUUCAGCCGGCUGACAUAACAGAGGGGGGAAUACCGGAGUCCCAAAGCUUCCCAGGUGAGCGUGAUCAUCCUGGAGUUUGCUUCAGACGGUGUCUCUAAAGAGUUUUGGAACAGUUAACGUACUUUGAAAUCAUUCAUACAGGACCAGGAGACCAACCUGAGGAUUGAGGACAAUAAACUGAAUCACAAACUUCUACAAAUUACAGACCAACUCCCAUGAUUUUGAGCUUUUGAAUUAUACUUUUUGCUGAUCUUGGUACAAUCUUGGCGACUGUAGGUGACUGAGAUAAGGAUAGAAAGGAUUAUCAGUUACCAGUGGUGGUGGCGUCCUCACUGAGCAGGGCGGGAGCGGCAAGAGGAUGCCUGAACUGGACAACUUUUCCCCCCUGAGGGGUCCCAGAGGCCCUGAGCUGGGCCUAAACGGUCCCGCAGACCCGCUUCGGAUUCAGCACAGCAUCCUGGAAGAGCAGGUGGAGCUGUGGUGGUUCAGAGAUCCUGGAAAGUCUCUGCUCUGCUACUGCGUGGCCGUGCUCCUGAUCCUCGGCUGCGGGCUGGGCGGAGUCGGCCUUCUCUCCACCACCACCAGCGUCUCGAGCGAAUGGCGGCUGGGGGCAGGGACGGCCCUCUGCCUGCUCGCUCUGGGAGUCCUCCUCAAACAACUGCUGAGCUCGGCUGUGCAGGACAUGAAUUGCAUACGAAGCAGGCAGCGGAUCGACAUGCUAAAGAGUGGCGGUUUAUCGGACCUCCUUGUGGUUUUGAUUACUGGGCUGUCGUUGCUGAUCUGUGGAGGGGUUCUGCUACAUCUGGCCCUAGCAAACCACAUGCCGAAACCAGGCCAAGCCCUUAAUGACAUGUACAUCUCUGGAGUGGUUUUGCUAGCAGGAGGGGGGGCUGCUGUUGUGGGUGUUGGGAUAUACUCUGUUGUGGUGAUCCUGCUUGAAAGGACAAGGCCUGGGCGAAGGCUGGUGGACCGGGUUUUGAAUGUCUUCACCGUUUCCGGACACAUGGACCAUCAGGCUCGCAGAGAGACUACCUCCAGUCUGGCUAAUCUCAUAUGAGAGCUCACUAAACUGUGUAUUCUUCUCCUUUGUCUUCAUGACAGAACAUUGUCCUCAUCAAAAUUACAGCUGCUUUAUUCCCAAAUAUAACAAGAGGCGUGAUUUAAACAAGAUUCAUCACUUUGAGGCUUCAGCUUCAGCUGAUGAGACUGUGUUUGAGGAGAGGAAUCUGAAAUAUCUGCUUGGUGAAGAUGCAAUAAGCUAAUAUCAGUCACAUAGAAAAUAGAAAAUGAUCACUGAAGAAUAACAGCAACAGCUAUGCUUAAAAUGCAGCUCAAAUUGUCUCAUUUCAGAUCAGUUGUUGACAUGUGAAAAGAUACAAAAUUUACUUAAAAAAGAGAUAUUUGGAAGCUUAAAUCAGCAUUUUAUUUUCUGUUCUCUAAAUCUUACUCCACUCACACAGGAUGAAUGCGAAAAUACUGGUGCCUGGGGUAUUUUGGCACGGGCAGUGUUAGUAUGCAGGACGCCAACAAAACAGCAUGAAAGUAGUAAAAAAUGUUGAUUUAAGUGGUUUUUAGGGAGAUUCAGUGGAGUGAAAAGCACAUAGAUGAACUGUGGGUUCAAAACAGAGGUGAAAACUUUUGUUACCUUUGUUAUAGAACAGGUACAGUGGGCUGGAAGUAAACACAGAGAAGUGUAUGAGCACAGCUUACAAUUACAUUUGAUAUUCUGGUGUCUAAUUCAAUCCACUUAUAUAUAGAGCACAUUUUAAAAGACAGUCGUCCACCAAAGUGCUGCACAGUGACUUAAACACAAAAAAAAAUCCAUCAACAGCAAAAAUUAAAACACUCAAUAAAUAAGAACAUUAAAGCAGUGGAUUGGAUACUGGUAUAAUCAAUCAUCUCUGUACAAUUUCAAGCAAAAGCUGUAAACUCUCAAGUCUACGGCUGGAGAUAUACUUGCUUACACAGAUGCAUGAUUGCUGCCAUGUGCCUUGGUUUGGUGCAUCAAACAACUCCUCAAAACUUAAGGUGAACCAGACUGGAGAUGCUGUCUGUAUGUGUGGUAAAGGCAGACAAGGUGUGACAGUCAAGACAGCAGCAGAGAAACAACAGCUGGAGGUUUCGAAGACAGACUGAUAAACCGAACCCACAAUUAUCCACAUGUACCCAUGUACACAUCAUCACUGCAAACAGACAAACAUGCCUGUCUAACUAGCUGAGGACAGAUAAAUGCUGUUUUAAAAGUCAGUGUUAAACUGGAAAAACACUGAAAAUAAGGUAGAUGUUUCAGUUCAACCAGCGACCGUGUAAACUGGUGACUUUCAGCGCAUCUGUGGCUGUUAGUAUUAGGGAUGCAUGCAGUUAGCUGUCUUUAUGGUCAAACUUAGAUUCUCUUGAAUUGGCGCAAGAAUUACAAAUCAGUUAAACUCAUUUUUUAGAAUUUCAGGCCCACAAUCAAAUGCUCCAUCUUGACUGUAAUGCAGUGGCCCGCCACAAGACUGUAGAUUCCAGACUCCCCCUUUCGCAGACUGUUAUAAGAUGCUGUCACUGUCAGAACAGACGUGCCCUAAUUUACCGGUACAACAUAUUUACUGUUUAAGAUUUUUUUUUUUUAAUUCAACUUAAUUCAUAAACAAAGUUUGACUGUUACCAUCAUGAAAUAAGUACAUUGCAAACAUUACAGACGAAUCAACAUUUCAUAAAUGAAACAGGAAAAAUGUCAGAGGUCUAACUAGGGAUCUGACGGUGGCACACUUUAGCUUUGUUAGCUUUAGCUAAAGGGCUAAACAUAGCUACACUAGCUAUGUGGUUACUUGGCUAGAUAAGCCAAUCCAGCUACAUUAGCUUUAGUAAUGUAAGCUUUUGCAAAUGUAGCUAAAUCUAACGUAGCCACACAGAUAGCGUAGCUACAUACAGUAGCUUACGUGGCCAAGGUUAGUAUUAGUAUAGAUAUCCAUGAGUUGCUCCAUUAUCUACUUUGCUUAGUCAGGUAAUGGAGAUGCUUAAGCUAUGCAAGAUACAUUUGCUACAUUAGAAUGUUUUCAUGGAGGACAAGGGUUUUUCCUGUAAGCAACAGUUUAUUAAAUGUUUUGUAAUCAGGUUUUGCAGGUUGGGUUUUUAACUUUUCGUAUCCUGUUACCUUAUUCCUUACCCUAAACUAACGGCAUGUUUAAUCCAAUUUUAUUUUGAAAGUUUUAGCAUGUAUUUCUGUUCUGAGAGAUGUGGUGUCUCACACAUACGGUCUGCCACAGGAGGCAGCAGAGAGCUGAGGUCUGCAGCCAGACUCUUCUCUUCCACUUGUAGCCACCUUAGCUCAAGUUUAAGGCCUAUUAAUGCUCUACGUUUGAAACAGAUAUGGAUACAGAAUGAGUUUUCAAUCUGGACCGUGUGUUCAGUUCAUCCGUGUUUCAUCUAUUCUCUUGAAAAUAGUCACAGCAGCAAAACAUAAUAAAAAGAUGUUGAAAAUGGCAAAACUUGAACAAACUUACUGUGGACACUUUGCUUUAUCUGGUAUAAGUUGUUAAAAACUAGCUCACCUAGGCACAGAGACAUACAGCUCCAACAAAACAGCUGGGCAGAGGACAGACAUAUCAGCAACCACUGAAUUGGGGGACAGUUCCUUGUUCCAUUUGAAAUGCACGGAUCUAUAUACGUACGAACAUAGAGCAUAAAUAAGCCUUAAUGGCUACUGCCUUGCUGCCAUAAUACUCUUGGACUUUAUGUAAACAAAGGUGAACUGAUAGAAUUGAUGGCAUGUUAUAGAAACAGCAAAGUUAAGCACAAUUUUGAUCUAGAAAAUGGGGUUAAAGUUGUAUGUAGGCUGUGUCAGGUUAUACUCAAGUAUAACCAAAGCAUUGAGUGAUGAUAUUCAGCGCAGGACUAGUGACCAGCAGUGAUAGCAUUGCUAAAGUUAGCAACAUUCUGCAAACCAGCUUCACACAAUUUACCAACUGCCAUUGUGACCGGUCUAUAAAAAAUAGUGCUCAAUUUUGACUGUUUCAUGAGAACCUUUACUUUAGUCAACAAAACACAGUUAAAAUAUUAGUUUAAUCAGAUGUGAAAUUACUCCUAACAUCACUAGUUUGUAAUGGUUUAGUUUUUGAUUAAUUACAUCACUAAUAAAUAUGUUUGGAUAUUGUAAUGAAAACAAAUCAAAGGUUAUUCAUGAGGACUGCUGUUUUUGUCGGCUGCUCUUACAAUCAAAUCUACAAAAAGUCAGCUGAAAUCCACCUGUUAGUACUGUCACUGACUAAACCAAUUCACAGGGAGAGGUAGGUCCAAAGGCAAAAGAAAAUGAUUUAGAAACAAAGUGCAAAUGGCGCAUUCUGACCACAAAUUAUCAUUCUGAGCUGAUCUGAUGUCACUUUCAACUGUAGAAAUAACAGAAAAGCCAUCUCUUAGAGUGUUAUCACGUUUGUAGUUUACAUCCCUCACAUCAUGUAGAUGUCUACAGCCUGAGUCCUCUUGUGCGGUUUCUAGAGUUUUCCUCCAGUAACACGUGUCAUGUAUGAGCACGUAUAUUCACAAGAACCCUCAUGACAGCUGGAUACAUAUGGGACAGGGUGAAACAGCGAGUAUAUCUCCAGCCUAAAGAGUUAUAGAGACACCUAUAUAGAAAACUCUUCUGAAAUAGACAUUUCAGAGGUUAUAGCAGCUAUUAAAAUGCAGCACAAUGGAGGAAAAUCUGCAUUUAUUCUACAAACCUUUUGUUGGACCAAACAUCUACUUGCAACCUGCAGGAUUAUUCUAAGAUAAUAUUCAUAAGAGUACCAACAGAGGGGUUUCCAUCCACCAGUUUUAUGCACAUUUUCAUUUUGCACAUAUAAAAUGGGCAGGAAAUGCUGGAAAAUUGGGGAAAAUGGAAAUAUUACAGAAAAAGUUGGGAAAAGUCUAUUUGUUAAAGAUAAGCGAUUGUUUUGCAUUGGACAGACAUUGAGAAAAUAACCAAUGGCUUCCCCGUUUUAAUACACUGAAGAAAAAGUCUGUUCAACACUCAUUAUUUCAUCUGAUAGAUCCUCCUUUGUUUUAUCUUUUCACUAGCUUCAAUGAUAUAGCCUUUGCAACAAGACACUGAGCCCUCCUCUUGUGCUGUAUUUAUAAUUUUUCCCCUGAGAGGAACUGCUUACUGCUUGACCUAUUAACUCCUAAUAUUUGCACAACACUACUAGAUGGAGAAGUGCAUAAAUUAGCAUUUUCUCCUUGCCAAAUUUACGGAAAAAAAAUCUAAUUUUGAAAGGAAAUCCCACUAAUAUGAAGGGUAACCAUAAAAGAAAGAUUUAAGUAUGGCUGAUAAGAAGAAAACAUUUUUUAUUGUAUAGGGGAUUUUUUGUCGAAGGGUAAACUAUUGAAAUAACUCUUAUAUGAGCUGAUUUCUUCCUUAGUUUAACAUUAAUCUAUCAUAAUAAAGCCAGUGUGUCUAUGGAGUUUGUGACAGACAUUAAUGUAUCUUUUGCUGCCUGUAAACAUGAUAUAAGACAAUAUGAUUGUUGGAUUUCACAGCACUUUACAAUGUCAAAUUAUUUAUUUUUUGUGUCAUCACAGUAUUGUCUUAAUUAUUCAUCCUGCAGCACCUGCUUUAAUCGAUAUUUUUAUAUUAACACUACUUUGUUUCACUGGUGAAGUUUUACUGUGCUGGAAUCAUGAACCUCCAAUCUCCUCAACUCUUUCUUUUUUAGCUAUGCAGGUCAUUGUUAAAUCAUGUGAUUUAUUCAAUGUUUCAUCAAUAAUUGUGGGUAAUAUUUUAGCCAUAAAUCUGAUAACCCGCCUUUCACCCUGUUUAGGUCCACUCACCAUCAGCAGAAUGACUACUAUGAUCUACUAUGUGGCCCAUGUGCUAGCUUGCUAGCAUCUCGGCCAAAGAUCAAAUGUUUUCUUCAGAAAACAGAAGAUAAAGAGCUACUGGACUUCCUCUCAGUAAACUGAACUCAGAGGCUCAUAAAGACUGACUUUGACUUUACCAAGAGCAGCUGAUGGACAUGUCAUUGUCAACUUUUGUCUCCAAUCAGACAGUCAAAAAUUCAAAGAAGCCAAUAAACAUUAAAGUGUUUAACUUGAUUUAGAGGUGCUUUUUUCUAUAAGGAAUUAUUGGUUUGAAUCUAGUCUUGACACAGUGGUUGAAUGCAUCUGGCAACAUCUGGAGUUGAAAAAUGAAACCAAAGCAGAAGUGCAAAAAAAUGCAGAAAAAUACAAAAUAGUUGACACUUUAACUUUUUGACAUUUUGGACGCUUACAGGGACUCUGUUUACAUGCUAAAAUCAGGAAAAUUCAAGCCAUAACUCUGCUUUAGUAAUGUUUAAAUAUUGUUAAAUCUAUGGUAGUGGAGAUUCCAGAUUUCAGGAUUAAAGUCUAAAAAAUACAGACAACUGACUACUUUAAUUGGCAGCAUGUCUGUCCGUCACAUUUUCCAGCCUCACGAUUGCCCCAAUUGUUCUUGAUUCCUGUCAGAAGACUUCUUCGCUGCACUGGUUUGAAGCUGGUGCCAUAUAAAAAUCAUAAAUAUCUACAGAUUUGCUAUAAGUUUGUUCUACCCCUCCAAAUUUACAUCACUUCCCCUGUGUAAUACAUACACUCACUCUACCACAAUGCCGAAGAGGAGACGGCCUUUGCUCUCAAACACACAAUAAAAGACCCAAACUAGACCAGGUUCAUGACUUUAGCUUUUCUUUACAACUGAGAGAGAAAGUGGCAGGGCUGGAAAACAACUUGACAAAGAAAUGUAUUUGGCAUGCCUAGAUGAGAUGAUACACCUGCUCCACAAUGCCUGAUUAAAGUAAGCUCUCUCUAAAGCACUGAUAACACCGGUGAUGUGUCACAUGUUGGUGUGAGAAAUCAUGGUUUAUU